AUGACCUUCAUGAUCACCUUCCCAUUUGUUUUAUUGCAGUCAGCCAGUCAGGGUAGAGGUGACACUAAUGUGGUUUGUACAGAGUCCACAAUGACUGUUGAAGUGAGAAAAUCUGUCAUUGGACUUUACGAAGACCACCUGCGUCUAAAUGACCCAGCCUGCACUCUGAUCUCCAACAGCACUCAUGUGGUCGCCACCAUGUCCCUCAACUCCUGUGGGACAGAGCUAGAGGAGGACGAGGACCACCUCAUUUUCAAAAACGAGAUUACAACAUUCGACAAACCCAACCAGGUCAUAACCAGGGAACAUGGGGUGGAGAUUGGGUUCUCGUGUGUGUACCCCAAAAAGGGCACAGUUUCUUUGGAAUUCAGAGCGCAUAGGAUUCCCUACGUGUUCACCGAGAGAGGCUUCGGCAAGUUCACCUACCAGUUUGAGUUCUUCCACAGCAACCUCUUCAACAGAAUGGUGGACCCCAGCACUUACCCAGUGGAAGUGGCUCUGAAGGAGAUGAUCUACAUGGAAAUUAUAUCGUCCUCCUCUCUUCCCAACACUCUGAUGUUUGUAGAGUCCUGCAGAGCAACCCCCAUCGAUGACCCCAGCUACCACGUAUUCUACAGAAUCAUUGAAAAUGGGUGUGUUGUUGAUGACACGGUGCAGGUGUAUCCAGGCAACAGUUCUGAAUACAGAUUUGGAAUGGAAGCUUUUGCUUUCAUUGGAAUGCAUCAAGAGGUGUUCAUCAGCUGCUCAGUGAUCCUGUGCCAGGCUGGAGGUGUCUCCACAAGGUGUUCUCAGGGGUGCACCAAUGCCUCUGCAGGGCACCACCAUCACAGAAGAUCAGCAGGUGUCCAGACCUCCAGACACUACAUUUCCCGGGGGCCUUUGCGACUCACAAGAAGCUCAGCCAUUGACGGUACCAGCAUGAACUUGAACAUGAACCUUGUUGUCUGUGUUGGAGCUCUGCUGGCAGCCAUAGCCAUGGUGUGUGGAGUGAUGGUCUGGAAGGCCAAGCAUUCAAAGGUCAAAUACCAAGUGCUUCCAGGCAAUGAUUUCUGA